GUGGAUCUCGAAACAGCAGAGAGCAGCUCAUUACAUUCUACCGUGUAUAUUCUCAGAGUAGACGAUGAUGCUUUCUCCAUCAGAAUUAUUUUUAAUCCCGUUACUCGCGAUUGGAUCAUUCACAAGUGGUCAGACUAUUUUUGACCUGCUCAACAGCUCGAAGCAAAUAGCAAACAAAAUAGUGACGAAUGUAACGGGCAAAUAUGAUUUUAUUGUGGUAGGCGCCGGCUCAGGUGGCUCUGUGAUUGCCAAUAGACUGUCGGAGAAUAAAAAAUGGCGAAUACUUUUAUUGGAGGCGGGCAAUCCGGAGGGCCUACUCAAUCAAAUACCAAUUUUAGUUAGUUAUUUUCAAUUGACUGAUUACAAUUGGGGCUAUAAAGUUGAGCCGCAAAAGAGCGCGUGCCUGGGCAUGAAUAAUAAGCAAUGCCCAUGGCCAAGAGGAAAAUCUCUUGGCGGCACAAGUACAUUGAAUUAUAUGAUUCACACACGAGGAAACAAAUUGGACUAUGAUUUAUGGUCACGAAUGGGAAAUGAGGGCUGGUCCUACAACGAAGUUUUGCCAUAUUUUAAGAAGAGCGAGAAAUUUAAAGUUCCAGGAAUCGAGAAUUCAACCUAUCACGGAACCGACGGUUAUCUAAACGUGGAACAUGUGCCAUAUCAUUCGGAAUUAGCAACUGCUUUCCUGAAAGCCGGAAAGCAGUUAGGAUACAGGAUCAACGAUCCAAAUGGAGCGGAUCAAAUUGGAUUCUCCUAUAUUCAAGUGAAUAUGGAUCAUGGCUCGAGAUGUAGUGCAGCCACAGCUUAUUUGAAAGUCGAUAGGCCAAAUUUAGAGAUAAUGACCGGCACAAGAGUGACAAAGGUCUUAAUUAAUAAAAAUAAUCAAGCCUAUGGUGUUGAGUUUGUCAAGAAUUCAAAAAAGCAACGUGUACUUUGCACAAAGGAAGUUGUCCUCUCUGCCGGCACAAUAGAUUCGGCCAAAUUAUUAAUGCUUUCGGGAAUUGGACCAAAGGAUCAUUUAGAAGAACUCGGAAUCCCAGUGAUUAAGGACUCAAAAGUAGGUUACAACAUGUACGAGCAUGUUGGUUUUUUGGGACUUACUUUCAUGGUCAAUCAGAGUGUCACGCUGCUCCAGAGUAAAAUUUCCAGACCAUCGACUGUGUUUCAAUACAUCGCAAAUCGAAAGGGACCAAUCUCAAUACCAGGAGGUGCAGAAGCCUUAGCAUUCAUAAAAACAAAAUACGCCCAAGAUUCACGACCCGAUGUCGAACUUCUAUUCGCCUCAGGAUCAUUACAUUCGGAUGGUGGUUUAUUUUUACGACGUGGUCUCGGAAUAACCGACGAACUCUACAACACCGUGUUCAAGCCAAUUGAAAACAAAGACGCCUUCUCAAUAUGGCCAAUAGUUCAAAAUCCCUACAGUGUGGGACGACUCAAGCUCAAGUCAAAAAAUCCCCUUCAAGCGCCUCUGCUUGAAACGAAUUUCUUCACUCAUCCAGCCGACGUGGAAAUUAUCCUCGAGGGCUUGAAGCACGCUAUUAAUAUUUCAAAGACCCAACCCUUUCAGCGUUACGGAGCACGCAUACACGACAUUAAAAUACCGGGCUGCGAUGAUUUUGAAUUUGGAAGCGACAAUUAUUGGCGAUGCGCCAUCAGGCAUUUGCCAUCGAUGAUGAAUCAUGAAUUGGGAACGGUGAGAAUGGGCACAAAAAAUGAUCCAAAUGCCGUUGUUGAUCCACAACUUCGAGUGCAUGGUGUCGAGAGACUGAGGGUGGUUGAUGCCUCGGUCAUGCCUGCCAUGACCACCGGGCACAUAAACGCCGGCAUUUUCAUGGUAGGGGAGAAGGGCGCCGAUAUGAUCAAACAAACAUGGACGACAACGACUACCACAACAACGACGAAUAAACACACGGAAAAAUAUUACUACUAGAGUCGCUUUUGUUGACCGAGGCAAAAGCUAUUUUUUUGAAAAAAAAAAUAAAACUUUCACUCAAGCUUUUCAAGUUUGAAACGUGGGUGAGGUUCACAAUCUUUAUGAUCAAGAUUACAGGGUUUUAACUCUUUCCCUGACCCUAAAGAAUAUUCUGACUCACCCUCAAAAUUAGAUACUUAAACAUUUUUGAA